AUGAGUUUGUCGAGUCUGUUUCGCUUCAGAGUCGUGUCAUCUCCACGGUACUUCUCUUUCAAACUCGCCCAGCGGACCGGCCGUAACUCGUUAAUAUGUCAGCAAUGCUCGCCAGCGGCCUCAAAUAGGACCCAGCUAGUCUUCUGGAGGGCACGCGCAACAGCUUUAGUGCCGGGGAUAUCUGAGAGGCUGCAAAGCACGAAAGCACAUCACCCGGAUACCAGAGAGCCUGCAGAAGCACAGCAAGAGACAUUUGACCCCCGAUACCCACCAUGGUUCCCACCUACCAAGGGCAUCUUGUCUAAACUGCCUCCCAAAUGGGUACCCUAUGCCGAGCUCAUGCGUAUUGAGAAGCCAGGGGGAUUAUACGGGUUCUACAUGGCAUAUCUGAUCGGCCUUGGAUAUGGAGCUUGUCUGGUUACGCCCAUGGUGCCGCCAGCAACUCUCGCCGGCACUGCUGGAAUACUGCUCAUGUAUAACGUCUUCCUGCGAGGCGCAGCCUGCACUAUAAACGAUGUGCUGGACCGUGACUAUGACAGGCAAGUGGCGCGGUGCAGAAGUCGACCGGUAGCACGUGGCGCCGUUACACCGGCGCAAGGCUACGUCUGGUACGCAGCACAGACCGUGAUAGUCGGUGCUUCCAUUGCCUGUCUGCCCAACCCUCUACUCGCCAUGGCAUACGCAGUUCCGAUCCAGUUCCUCGUCAGCGUGUAUCCCCUGGGCAAGCGAUUUACGGACUUCCCGCAGCUCAUUCUAAGCGCGCCCAUCGCCGGUGGUAUCCUCAUGGCCGCCGCCUCCAUCGGCAUGGACCCCUUCCACAUGCCAACGCUGGCCCUCGCCGGAGCGACUGCGACGCUGGCAAUGUCGCACUACAUCUGGACGACCGUUUUCGACUACGUCAACGCCUGCCAGGACACGGCCGACGACAUCAAGGCGGGCGUGCGCAGUAUGGCUGUCCGCUACCAGAACACGGACAUCUUCAUUUCGGCUAUGGGAGCGGCACAGGUGGGCUGCCUGAUUGCCACCGGCGUACUGGCAGGCUUUUCGCCGAUUUACUUCAUCGGCGCGGCGGGUGGGAACGCGCUCUGGCUGGCAGCUAUGGUCAAGACGGUGAAGCGCUCGAGGCCGGAUAUAUGCGCUUGGUGGUUCUCGUGGGGGGGCUUGCUGGUCAGCGGUACGACGGUGUUGGCUCUUGUGGCAGAGUACUGCUACAAACUGCAGAGUGGGGAAGGAGAAGGGGGGGAACUGCAGGAUGUGCAGAGAAAAGCUAUCGAGGCGUGA